AUGGAAGAAUUCAAAUGGGAUGAUAUACAUCAAAGGGCAUUUGACAAGAUUAAGAAAUACUUGUCGAGUCCUCCUGUCAUGAUGCCACCAAGGAAGAAAUGGCCGAUGAAGUUAUAUUUAUUGGCUGCUGAAGAAUCCAUUGGAGCUAUGUUAGCACAAGAGAAUGAAGCAGGAAAUGAACAAGCAAUAUAUUAUCUCAGCCGAGUUUUAACUCCAGUCGAGUGUAGAUAUACACCGAUUGAGAAAUUAUGUUUGGCUUUGUAUUUUGCAACAAUGAAAUUAAGAGUCUAUAUGUUGCCUGUUUUGGUUUUUAUUGUUUACCAAACCGAUCUUAUAAAGUAUAUGCUAUCAAGGCUAUUAAUCACAGGCCGGAUUGGCAAGUGGGCUUUGGCACUAAUGGAGUUCAAUUUUGCAUAUGUUCCACAAAAGGCAAUUAAGGAAAGAGCAUUGGCAGAUUUUCUUGCAUAUCAUCCCUCGCCUGAAAUUGAGUCACAAGUAUUUGAUGAGCUUGACUCGGCAUCUAUAUUCAUGACUCCAUGGACUUUAAUGUUCGAUGGGUCAAAUACCAGUGAAGGCUCGAGAGCUGUUAAAGACGUCCACAUUGUAGGAGAUUCAAGUUUGGUAAUUAAUCAAAUCUCAGAAGACUUUAGAUGUUUGAAUUGGCAAUUGAGACCAUUCCAUUCGUUGGCAACCCAAUUGGUCAACCAAUUUCACAAUGUGACUUUGGAAUACAGACCGAGGGCCAUGAAUAAAAUGGCUAAUGAUUUAGCACAGACUACUUCAGGAGUCAGGGUGCCGAGUGGUAUGAAGGAAAGGAUAAUAAAAAUUACACGCCGAUCUCUUCCAUCGGCUGAAACAAGAAAUCAAGUUAUGGAAGAAGUCUUUGCCACUGAUGUUUCCGAGUUGGAUGAUGAUGAUUGGCGAAUCCCUUACAUCUUAUUCUUGUAA